UAUAUUAACCUGUAAAAAAAAAAAACCCAUGGUCGAAUAAAAUCCUGUAAAACGGGAUUUAUGAAGAAGAAUCGUUCUUUAGUAAUGACUAAUGAGUUAAGGGUAGGGUGUAAGAUUCUCUAAGCCUGAAACUAAAGAUAAAGUGGUGAAACUCAGUUGGUACAAAGAUUUUUUAUAAAUUUGGGGUGUCUUUCUUUGACUUACAAGUUCUUCAUUCUCAAAGAAUUUUCAGUGAGUUUUGGAAAAAAACUUUCAAUUUUUUGAUGGAAAGAUGGGAACUUAUAUGAAAUUGGCUAAAAGGGUUUUGGAGACUGAAUCUCCUGUCAUGGUUCAGAUACAGGAAAUAUUUAGAGGUUGUAAAGGUGCUGUUUCUUUAGCUCAGGGGGUAGUUUACUGGCAACCCCCUGAGGAAGCUCUGGAGAAAGUUAAGAAAAUUGUGAAUGAACCUUUAACAAGUCGUUAUGGUGGUGACGAAGGUUUACCAGCACUUCGAGAGGCAUUGACUAAAAAGUUACAAGAAGAAAAUAAACUAUACAAAUCUUCAGUGAUGGUCACAGCUGGUGCAAAUCAGGCUUUUGUAAAUUUGGUUCUCGCUCUGUGUGAUGCUGAGGAUAGGGUUGUGAUGUUUGCCCCGUAUUACUUCAAUUCAUACAUGUCCUUCCAGAUGACUGGAAUCACCGACAUUCUGGUUGGACCUGGAGACCCCAAGACACUUCAGCCGGAUGCAGAUUGGUUAGAAAAGGUUCUAUCGACUGAACCUGUCCCAAAGCUUGUUAAUAUUGUAAACCCUGGCAACCCAUCUGGAACAUACAUACCAGAGCCUCUUCUCAAGAGAAUUUCUGAUCUAUGCAAAAAGGCUGGCUCUUGGCUUGUCGUCGAUAACACAUAUGAGUACUUCAUGUAUGAUGGAUUGAAGCAUACAUGUAUAGAGGGUGAUCACAUACUCAAUGUGUUUUCAUUCUCGAAAGCCUAUGGAAUGAUGGGAUGGCGAGUUGGAUAUAUAGCAUACCCAACAGAAACCGAGGGUCUUGCAGAGCAGCUCCUCAAGGUCCAGGAUAACAUUCCCAUUUGUGCUCCCAUAGUAUCACAGCGUCUAGCUCUUUUUUCCUUGGAAACGGGAUCUGACUGGGUCAGAAAUCAGGUGAAAGACCUUGUCAAGAAUAGAGAAAUCCUCUUGGAUGCACUAUCACCCCUUGGAGAGGGAGCAGUGAAAGGUGGCGAAGGCGCCAUCUACUUAUGGGCAAAACUUCCAGACAAACACCAAGACGAUUUUGAGGUUGUUCGUUGGCUUGCUAAGAGGCAUGGAGUAGUCUUAAUUCCGGGAAGCGCGAGUGGUGGACCGGGCUGUGUUCGAGUCUCUUUCGGUGGAUUGAAAGACGGUGAUUGUGAAUUUGCAGCUUUGAGGUUGAAGAAGGGAUUGGAAGAGCUGGUGAAACAUGGAAUGGUUCAGUGAAAAAAAUAAAUAACGAUUUGUCAAAACAUUAAGUUUAUGAUUCUCGUCUCGCUAGAUUUAGUGAAAAAAAUCUGAGUUCUUUUUUGUUGAGUUUGAUACAGCCAGAUUUAGAAUGGAAAUCACAGUUAGAUUUUCAUUUAACUGUACAUCGAGAAAAGACCAAACUGGUAAUCGGGCUAGGUAACUGGUUAGCGAUUCGAUGUAUAUAAGCAGAAGGGAAUGUCUUCGUUAAUCAGCAUGUUCACUGGAACUAAGAGUCGUUUUUUUGUGCUCGCAA